ACCCGGAGUUAGUGGCUGGGGGGGCGUAGUCUGUCCUGAUGUUUACCUCCAGUAGUAGAAGUUCCUUAAGGAUGAGUUCUUGUUAAACUAGUGUCCAAUAUAAAGAGAUUAAAGACCCACUUGAAAACAGAAAGUUGGAAAACUUCUUUGUAAGUUUUUCAAGUCCAUUGACGUUAGAUAACAUGGUCUCUGUGGGCUCUGGAGAGUUGUCUCACACGUGGAGAAACGAGCUUCUCACGCUGUCCCGGCUGUCGAAUGAUGAUUUCCUAGCUGCUUGGGACUCCAGUCUGAAGCUUCUUGGAGAAAAGAGAAAGCAAGAAAGAAAAUAUCAACCAUAUUAUAUUGUGAAUAAGACCAAGGAUGAAGUAGAGCUACAUGCUGAGAAGCUGUGUCAAGUCCUUGAGUCACUAGUGCAAAGACCUGUCUCAGAUGAGGAUCUGAGAUCCCUCCUAACAUCUUCAGGCCUCCGGGAAGACAGAAUCAAUCUUUUUGUGUCACAGCGUGAUCAACUUCAAGAAUUGGUGUCCUCGCGAAAAUUGCUGAAUAACCCUAGAGGGCAACUUGUCGAUCUUCAGUGGAAAUUUGGAGUUGUGGCAGGCAGCAGCUCAGAGGGGGAAGCUGGGCGAACAUUUGUGCAAGUGAAGCUUGUUUCUCGUGCCCCUGAUGGUCGUCUCACUCCCAGGCACGUUGAGAUGUCCGUUCAGAAAUUUUAUGACUUCUUACAUCAGCUAGAGAAAGCCAAAGCUAGUUUAGAAUAUAUGAAUUACUUAUAAUUUAAGUAUGAUAUAGUAGGAUAUAUAUAUAGUACACUAUUUAUAAUUAAUUUCUUGUUAUUUAGGUUAAGAAUAUUAUUUUUCAUAAAAAUCUAUUAAUAUCUUACAAAAACAACCACAAUAUAUACAUGAGGUAUUAGUUGUACAUUUUAAUUUAAAGACAUUAAGUUGGUAGUCUUUGUCAGAUGACUCAUAAGACUUUUUUCUUUUCUGUUUUUAGCACAAAAGGUAAGGUUUGUAACAUUAAAAUUGGGCAGUAUUUUGAGAUGAACAUCCUUGGUAUAUCAAUUAAUGAGCAGAGAAUAAUUUAGCUAGAAUUUAUAAUUUAACUAUGGUCAUACUGGUGCUAGGGGUAGAAUGCCCAGUCCAGCCUUGAAUGACAUCUAGGUUAAUUCAUAUAUACAGUACACCAAGCAUGUCCUAGCUCUGCUUGGCAUCAUAGGGACCACCUGUAGCAUUCACAAAGUUACGGCCUGAAGAAGCAGAGUAACCGAGAAAAUCAAAAGCUCACUCCCAAAGGCAAUGGCUGCAAUACAAUAUCCUCCUUUCCAAAAAGAAGAGGCACAAGUGCAGAGUAAACUCACUACUGCCACUAGACCCCUACUGGCCCAAAACUGCUUCCAAAAGAAGGGACGCUCGAUCUCGGGGCAAGUUGCCAAAGGUGUGAUGCAGGUGCAGAUACAUAGUGGUACUUGGGGAUUAGUGAAGUGGCAUUAAGCCUUGCCAGGAAUUUUUUGUGUUCCUGAUAAGGCCUAGGAAUACAAAAAAGGUUGUCCAUGCCUCCUUUACAUCAGGGGCAUGAACACCCUUGCCCCUGGUGUAAAGGGAACCUUAAAGAAACCUAACAGGCAGACCGUCCUCAACAAUGCUAUCCAGACCAUAUAUUAAAGAAACUUAAAGCAUAAGCACAGCCACGUCAAAACACACAGCAUUGUGACAGCAUCAAAACAGGUGGAAGUGCUUCCUAAGAGAAUCACAAAAACUAAAACCCCAGGAGGGCAUGACAGGACUAUGAAGAAGAGGCACAAACCAGGAAGAAUGCCAUCACAGGAACAGCACUAAAGUAAUUUAAGGCUCAUUCUCAGGGUGAUGUGCAAAAGCAGAUAUACCCCAGAAGAGGGUGCAGAGGCAAAACAUAAGUACCUCCAAACUAUAUGACACCUGGGAGAUAAAGUUACAAAGAACAUGAAACUUUUCAUUUAAAAACCUAGAACAUGAAACCCUUCAUUUAAAAACCUAGAACAGGUCCCAGAAAAGAUACUUCAGAGCAAAUUCUGCAGCUGAUGUAUGGUUGCAAGUGUCAGAAUCUUGGAGGCAAAAACACAACAGAUCCUUUCUAUAGCCCCCACAGAGUAGUUGACUGUAACACCAGCCAGUAAAUGCUUGAGGGACACGCAAGAGAUAGUGUAAACAUUCAUAUAUAAGCAUCCAUUGCAAACCACAGACCCACUGUAUAUGAGACCAAAGUCUCAGGAUGAACUCUAAACAGCCUGGUCAUUGGUUCCUUGCUGAUUGGUGAAUUCAGUAGGAGAUCCUGGUUGGAAAAUGAAGUGGAGUCCCUCAUCCCCUUUUGACAGUGCAGGAUUAGAGUAGCUGCCAGAUAGUAACUGGCAGUUUAGCAGAGCUAAACUCUGGCAUGGCUGUUUCGUUGAAUCCAAAUUAAAGAAGUAUUUUGAGUGUAGUCAAAUGGACUAUUUGAUAGUCAUUCUGAGUCUAAUUGAGAAUACUCCACUGCCUCUCUUUGUCCAUGAUUUGACAGACAAGCUGGAAGUUAGGGAAAUCAUGGAGAGAGCUGAAUAUUGCCUAAAGGAAAUGACAGAGUGGUUUAUGCUCAGAAAUAUACUUAAAAGAAAAACAAAAAUGUAUUUUAGGAAACUUUUUAUUGUCAAAUAUACAUGCCAACCCACAUUAUGAAAGAUUAUAGCCUGGUUCAUUGUGUUUCCUAAAAGAUACAUAAACAGCAGAUGCAGUAUUGUACAUAGUAAAUCAAAUUGUAGUAUAAUAAAUACUGGAAACAGUA